GCGAAAUGUAGAACUCCAAAGAAGGGAUCAACAACCUGUGUCCAGAGUUCAGAUUGCCCUUUCGGAUAUGGUUGCACGAAUGAAAAGUGCUGCCUCACGACAAUAUGUCAUUCUGGAAUACCUUGGAAUAGAAAGGGAAAAGUUUUCAAUUGUGAAGACAAAAAAUGUAAGAAGAAUUUCACAUGUGUUCGCGAUGAUGACACAUUGGCAUCCGUAUGCUGUAAAGCAACUAAGCCAGUGAUGACAACGACAGCAACAACAGAUAAAAACAAACAAGGUGUCUAUCAUUGGAGCAAAUGGGGAAAGUGGAGUCCAUGUCCAGCAAGUGGAAAGUGUGGAUUGCAAAUUCGCGACAGAAUGUGCUUAAAAGAUGGCGUGGUGGUAGCGGAAGAUGCAAAGUGUGUGGGAUUACCAAUCGAACAAGAGUGGUGUCCAUGUGAUGGUAGAAAUACUGGACAAAAAAUAAGAAAUAUGACAGAAUUUGCCUUCAUGGUGUCAUUGUACAAAUCUGUCGCUUACAAUACGGAGAAAACAGGUCAUUUCUGUGGUGGGAUAAUUAUAACAAAUACGUGGAUACUAACCGCAGCUCAUUGUGUUUGCCAACAAUAUGACCAUUGCUGUGAUGAGAAGAACAAUUAUGCAUUCAGGUAUUCUCGAUGCAAUUUGAGUGACUGGACCGUUUUACUUGGUGGGGAGAAUAUAAAUACCAACAUCCGACUGCACCAAAGACAAAUGACAAUAAAAAGAGUAGUGGUUCACAAAGAAUAUAAACCUGGUACUACAAAUUCUGCCAAUGACAUUGCAUUAAUUGAACUUAACGAGCCAAUCGAUUUUUCGUUAUCGCCUGAUAUUCAACCAGCAUGGUUACCAACAAGCAUUUGUAAUUCAUCGAAAACAGAACUUAAUUUAAUUGGAGACUAUGGACGAAAGUGUGUCACUCAUUUAGACAUUGCUAUUCACCAAAAUUGCCAGUUAGUUGGCUGGGGAGUGACUCCGGGAAGCCUCAUCAAAGCUACGAGCACUUAACGUUCUAGUCGAAAUUAAAAGCGACAAGCUUGAAACUACUGGCGAGGGCGGAGGAAUCGCAUGUUCGG